UAAUACAAGUGCACUUCAAAAGGAAUGGAGUCUAAGAGGUAUCUUGUCCCGAAAAGAUCAAACAGUUAGAUUUUAUGGUCCUGAUGCAAGGAACGAACUAAAAACUGCUGGUACGGAUGUUACCCUGACUCCAAUACUAGAUUGUUCUCCAAUACUUUACCCAAAAAUGACCGAUGUUCAAGUGAGUGUGGAAUGCCUAGGCAGUGCAAUUUUGUCAAAAACAACAACUUCGGGAUUAGGUUCCAUACAGAAACCGUUAUACGAGAAAUACAUUCAGUACCGAAAAUCUGGCAAAGGGAAGAAAUCACAGCCUGCGUGGCUGAAAGUGAGUCAAGACGGUAUCACUGUAAUAUUUCCUACUGAUCAACCUGGGCAUACACAAAAUUAUUUUUAUGAAAGAAGUUCAAUAAAUUUUUUCGAAGCAGUUCGUUUAACAUCUAAUAAAAGCAGUGAUAAAAAAUAUUAUGGUGCAUUUUUGCCAGUCGAUGAAGCUAGAACGUUAAAUCAGGGAUACGAUAAAUUAUUUUUCCAAAUUGAUAAAAAGCAUCUCAGUUUAACAAAAGUAGAACACCCUGUUGUUAUUGCUUGCGUAAUGCGUAGGCAAGUGGGAGUUAGAGCUUUAGAUUGUCACGGAUUUAUUACUGAGAAAGAUGGCGAUGCCUUUCGAGUUACUUCAGCAUUUUUUUCUCCGCCUCCUAUUUAUAAACAAGUGGGACAAGAAUAUUCGGAAGAAAAUGAACCUCGAUAUCAACACAGACCACCGUUGCAAGGUCAGAAACCAGAUUUAAUUCAAACUGAGUAUGGUCCAUAUGGUAUAUAUAAAGGCGGGAAGCCUGUCAACUCUUCGGGAAAUCCAGAAAUUCUUCCUUCUAACGACGACAGAGAUGUAAAUAGAUAUGCAGGAAACAUUGAAAAAGAUGAAAGACAAUUAAGUUCAAGGUACAGUUUUGAAAAUCAAAACGAUACGAGAGAAUACGGAGAAGAUUAUGGUGCACAGCAAAUGGUUUACGCAAAAAAUAACAGACAGUCCGCUGAAAUAAAACAGGAUCGAUAUCCAUCUGGAGAGAUAAGAAAUAUCGACAGGCGUGAUCCCCAAACAAGCAUGCAAGGCUCGUUUGAUAUCGGUGAUAAUAACGGACGAUUUGCACAACACGACAACAAAUUAGACUCUCAUUUUGAUCAAGAAAGAGGACGUAUACAAAGCAAGAAUGAUUUCAGAAUUCCAAGACCGAUGUCACCUCUUCGAAAUCAGGGUCGUGAACUACCAGUUACUGCACCUAAGCCACAAAGAGCUCUGUCACCAGAACCCCGAAUACCAAAGCAUGAUAUUCGGUUGCAUGAUAGUUCUCACGAGAUUGUAACAAGAGAACCCAUAUCUCCACGUGAUUACCCUUCAUCAGGACCUGUAUCGUCUGUGUCUAACAAAGAAAGCAGACAAGAACCAAACAAAAAGCCUGUUGCAAAAGUGCCACCACACUUGGUAGCUGGUAUUAAAGUUUUACCAACAGGGUUUGUGCCAAAAUUGGAUUCUCCUAAAAACCCCAAACCUAAUUUAAUAGGAAACAUUGAAAACUACUACUCCAACGAAGAAGAUCCUUAUGAUAAUGCUAUGUCGAGACAGGACUGUUAUAAUAAUAGAAGGAAUGUUCACUCUGAUGGUUAUGAACUAAAGGAUGACAGAAACUAUGGCGUUCCUGAGAGACAAUUUGGUAAUAAGCCACCACCCGAUAUUCUUCCAUCAGAAGAGAUACGACGGACCGCUUACGGUGAAAGAGGUGAUAAACCUUCGAAUGAACGAUGGAAAUCUAAAACAGAAUUUGAUAAUCCCAAGAAUCUAGGAGACCAGAAGUCAAAAAGAAACAGCGCCCCAUCAGCAAACUACGGAAAACCAUGGACUUAUGGCGAACAGUUAGAAAAAUUUAAGGAAAAAGAACACAAGGUGCCAGUGAAUUUAUCUUCGAGCUACACGUAUGCACCACAAGAUUCCGUUGAAGUAGAUAAGCCUGAUGAUUCGAGAAAAGAGCACGACUAUGCUAAUUUAUUUGCUCGACUCAAUGCAAAAGAUGAUGCUAACAAUCAGUUGGAGACUGCUGGUACAAAUUUUGAAUCGUCUUUAGGUUAUUUCCCAUGAUCACAUAUAUUUGAAUCUCAAUCUUUGAUAUGUCAUUUAUGAAUAAUAUGUAAAUGUAAUCCUAUCAAUGCAAAUAACUUGUCUUAUUUUUCCCAAA